UUUUUUCGAGAAAGAUCAUAAAAAAAAACAUACACACAUCAACGAAAAGGCUCGAAAUAUAAAGUGAAGCAAUAGUAUCGUUUACUCUUUUUUUUUCAAUAACAUAACGUUUUGACUUCGGAGAUUCAAGCAACCACGUUUAACACUCGUUCUUCUUGUCUAUUAUCAGAUCCCCUUUUUCUUUCUUUUUCUUUAUAUAUACAUAUUUAUUUAAAAUAUGGAGCUAAUUCUUGAUAUAAAAGUGAUUGAGCAUCCGGUUGUUGUAAAUGAUUUAAUGAAUAAUACAUGUAGAACUGUUCCUGAAUUUAAUAUCAUUGUAAAGACAAAGACAUGCACAACUAAUCUUAUUCGAUACGUUCCUGACUUUAUCAACUUUAAUAAUCUUGUGAAAACACACUAUCAAAAAGUCAAGGUUCCGUUUCCAACUUUAACAGAAACGAUUAAAAAAAAAGCUGGAAAAAGAAGAAGUAUUCGAAAUCUAUUCUUUCAUAUGUCUGUCAAGAGUAAUGCAAAGAAAAUUGAAAAAUAUCUUUGGUUUUGUUCAUCAGAUCCUCUUCUCAAGAGCUCCACUCUCUUACGUGACUUUUUCUCCCCACAAAGAGAAGGUGAUUUUAUUGAGAAUGAUUUGCUUUUACAAUCACAUGAUGUUUCAUCAGAUGAUCAACUGGUACCAUCACCAUCAGGGCAACUACUAGAAGAGGAAAUAGAAGAAGUAGUUAUUGACUGUCAUUCAUCAGUAGUCAUUCUUAAGGAUAAACAAGAACGGUUGACUAGUCCUAGAGUAUCAAUCGUUAAUUUAACAAACGAAUUGAGUCAUCAUAGUAGUAAUAGUAGUAGUAGUAACCUAUUAGAUUACUUGAAAUGUCAACAAAAUCUAUCAAUUAUAGACACUUCUAUACCUCUUGAACAUUUAGAGAUGGUGAAGGUUUUAGGAAAAGGAUGUAUGGGCAAGGUUAUUUUAGUGAGAUCUAAGAAAAGCAAAAAGAUAUAUGCUUUGAAAUCUAUAAUAAAAGAACACGUUAUUGAACAAAGAGAAAUUACACAUACAUUAGAUGAAAAAGAUAUUUUAGUCAAGCUUUCUCAGAUUAAUCAUCCUUAUCUUGCAAAACUCUAUACCUCUUUUCAAGAUGAAUAUCGCUUAUACCUCUUAACGACUUAUUACUCGGGUGGCGAUAUUGCUACUUAUAUGGCUAGAUUGUAUAGUUUCUCUCAUGAUUGUGCCCUAUUUUAUGCAGCAGAGAUCAUUGAAGGUAUCGGUGAACUACAUCGAUUAGGUAUCCUUUAUCGUGAUUUAAAACCUGAAAACAUCUUAUUGACAAAUGAUGGACAUAUCAUAUUAACUGACUUUGGACUAAGUAAAUGGUUAGUGGAAUCCAAUAACUAUACUACUCACACUUUCUGUGGCACAGCAGAGUACCUAGCUCCAGAGGUUCUUUUAGGAGAACCCUAUUCGUUUACCAUUGAUUAUUGGAGUUUUGGUACUAUUCUUUAUGAGAUGUUAGCAGGUAUUACCCCCUUCUGGGCUGAUAACCAUGCUGAUAUGUAUCGUCGUGUACUCGAAGAUCCUUUAGAGUUCCCAGGUGACAUCUUUGAUUUCGAAACAGCAGAAUUUCUCACAGACAUACUCGACCGUGAUCCCAGAACUCGUUUAGGUGCAAAUGGUGUUCAGGAAAUUAAAGAACAUGUGUAUUUCGCUGAUAUUAAUUGGGAUGACAUUAAACAUCGUCGAUUGCAACCUCCUUACUUACCCUCCGUUACAAAUGAAUUAGAUUUUUCGAACUUUGAUCCUGAUUUUCUAGCAAUGACUCCUGCUUUGACUCCUAUGGCCUCUGGGAUAGAAUUAUCAAAUGAAAUACAAGACAUCUUUGAUGGCUAUUCUUUUACAGAUGAAGCUUAUGCUGAACUAGAAUAUGCAUCAUCUCUAUGUCUCGAUCAUGAUGAUAAUAAUAAAUAUAGACGAUGCUCGCUCCAUGAGGAUGGAUUCUAUCAAGAUCAUCAUCAAGACUAUCUCACUCAAUCAAUUCAGCCCGCUCGUAAACGUGGUAGUAUCAGUAUACUAUCCAAUAUUGACAAAAACAGCAGUAAUGUCGACAUUCGAAUACAGUCAAACAACCAUUCUUCAUUUAAAGAUGAAGAAAUUGCUCGAUAUGCUAAACGUCGAAACACAAAUACAUCAGAAGAAAAACAAUCAAUUCAACAACAAUGCAUGCUGGACAUGCGACAACAACAAUUGCUAGAUCAUAGUGCUUUCUCUACUAAUCUACCAGUUAUUGCAGCUCUUAUGGAAUUUGAAACUAUAAACAAAACUAAAAUCAUCAGUAAGAAUAAAAAAAUAACUACAAUCACUAAGUCUUUCAAUAGUAGUAGUAAUAGCAGUAAGCAAAGUAGUAGUAGUAAUAGUAGUAGUAGUAGCAAAGUUCGUAAGUUCUUUUCGUCUUUCCUUUUAUCUUUAUAAUAUUAUAUGCCACUCUUCCCUUUUUUUUUUUUUCUUAAAUUAUCAUUCACUUUCCAUCAUACCCUUCCUUUAAUUAUUUACAACAUAUCUAUUUAAAAUAAUAAUCAUUUAUUUUUUUUAUUGUACAACAACAAUAGUUUUUAUUAUAAUAUUUACAUAUUUAUCAUAAUAAUAUCAAAAUCUCCUUUUU